AGUUAAUUUUUAAUAAUCAAGUCAAUGACACAAAUUAAAAUACAUUAGAAUAACGUGAAAUUGUAAAAAUCCGUAACAUUAAUGAGUUUUCAUUAUUUUUGUUUUCAGAUUUAUUAAUGGAAUUAUAGAGUUUGAUCAAAAAAUUAUUCCACUUUCAACAAAUUUGAUGACACCACAGCGUUCAUGGACAAAAAAACAUUGGAAUACGAUUUUGAUAUCAUUAUUUGGAUAAUUUGUUGGAUUUAAGAUUUUAUAUUAUUAUUGUCGGCCCUUCCCUCUAGAAAACAUAGUAGUAUUGACAAUCCAUACAAUAUAUGCUAUACCAUUUGUUAUGGAUUAUGCAGUUACAGUCUCAUCAUGUUUCUUUCUUCAAAAUUUAUAUGUCAGAUUCCAGACGUUAAAUGAUUGUUGGAAAUGUCUUCCUGCCGACUUAGUUGCCACUUCCGACGAAUGGACACACACCAAAAUAGUGGAUUUGAUGGAAAACACGCGGCUGUUACACUCCGAACUCUGUGAUUUGUUAAAAAUGUUUACUCUUGGUUACGGUCCAUUGCUUUUGGGGUUAUUCACAACCAGCUUUAUCAAUCUUAUUGUCAGUGUUUAUUUUAUUGUUAACAGUGAAGUAUUUACCAGUUUUCAUCCAAACAAAAAUAUCUGGGCACAAUUAUUACCUCUAUUGGUCCACGUACAAAAUGUCACGUUUUUGAUGUCCAUUAUCGUUUUCGUUUCAUCCAUAAAUGAGAAGAGAUUGAAGAUGAUAUCAUACUUACGGUUAUACCGAAUUUCAAAUUUACACUUGGACAAAAAACGACAAAUCAAAAUGUUUUUGAAUCAAAUAUCAGUUUGCGAUUCGGACCAAAUUUCGGCAUUCGGGUUUUUUAAUAUAAAUUUGAAUCUUGUUACAUCGUGGAAUAAUCACAUUGGUACAGAUGAAGAAUCACCCAAUGAUACUGAAAUUAAACAAUGA